CUCUUCGUGAUAAAAUAACUUAUAAAAUCAACAACUUGUCAAAAAUAUCUUGAGCAAAAGUGAGCGACGUUUGAGAAACCGAGAUAAAUUCUAUUUCGACUCUAAGAGAUCCAGAUUGAGUUAAUUCAAAAUCUAAAUUGAAGACGAAUCGCUCAGCGAAUUUACUCGAGAGUUUUGAUGAGGAUCUAAUCAUACCGACGAUGAUGUUGAUUUUGCUAUUACUGGUCGCUCUUGUGGGUGUCCACUCGAGUUGGUCUCGACACCCUUUCUCGGUCGCUGAAAAUGUACCUGCAAAUGCGAUUCACACGAUUCCUCUCGGCUCGGAGGCGACUUUUAAUUGGAAGGUGGAUUUAAUGAACGAGUUGGUAGUCGUAGAGAUUCAUUACAUCGGCAACGAUAGCAGCUGGUUCGCGAUCGGAUUUUCUGACUACGGAGAGCUGAAGCCGGCUGAUUACUGUGUCUUAUGGCCUGACUGGCAUCAACAGAUUCAUCUUCAAGACUCGUCGGCGGAUAUCGACGGGAAAUUACAUCUGGACAGCCAGCAAGACUGCAAGAAUUUUGCAUGGAAAAGACGCGGAAAUGUCACAAAGUUCACCUUCUCUCGCAAAUUUGACACCUGCGAUAAACACGAUUAUAUUAUUGAGAGAGGUACUACGCAUCUCGUGUGGCUCCGCGGCCGCGGACCAUUGUCUUCUUUAACCGGGCUUGGGAUUUCGGACGCGAAAGCAUCCGGCAUGUCCCGUACGGAAUUGCGCAGAGUGUCUCAUAAGAAGCCCGAGUUCCCUGCGAAUGCUUGGCAGCUUGAAUUACUUGCCCAUAAUGUCCAAGUACCAAAGCAGGAAACCACUUAUUGGUGUCGCGUACAUAAAUUACCGUCGGUAUUGAAACAAAAGCAUCACAUCUUACAAUUCGGCCCCGCCAUUCAAGCAGGAAACGAACACGUCGUACAUCAUAUGGAAAUCUUUCACUGUGCGGGCCCCGUAAAUGAAGAAAUGCCCAGUUAUGAUGGUCCUUGCGAUGGAAUUGAUAGACCAGCAAAGACACAGAUCUGUAAGAAGGUGAUGGCGGCAUGGGCGAUGGGUGCCGAUGCAUUCGUAUAUCCGGAAGAAACCGGCUUGUCUAUUGGCGGAGCUAAUUUUAAUCCCUAUGUCAUGUUGGAAGUGCAUUAUAAUAAUCCCGAACUACAUCAAGGCAUUAUCGAUUCCUCCGGUAUCCGAUUUGUUCUCACCAAAUCUUUGAGAAAGUACGAUGCUGGUGUGAUCGAGCUUGGACUCGAAUACACCGAUAAGAUGGCUAUACCCGCGGGACAGGAAGCCUUCACGCUAUCCGGUCACUGUAUAGCGGAAUGCACCGGGGUUGGAUUACCCCAAAGUGGUAUACACAUUUUUGGCUCUCAACUACAUACGCACUUGACGGGCACAAAAGUCAUCACCCGUCACGUAAGGGAUGGUGAAGAAUUACCGCCGUUGAACUAUGAUAAUCAUUACUCCACUCAUUUUCAGGAGAUCAGAUUGCUGCCGAAACCGGUGACCGUUUUGCCUGGAGAUUCUCUGAUAACUAUGUGUACUUACAAUACCAUCAAGAGGGAUAACGUAACCCUUGGCGGCUUUGCUAUAUCCGACGAGAUGUGCGUUAAUUACAUUCAUUAUUAUCCUAACGCCCUAUUAGAGGUGUGCAAAAGCGCUAUAAGCGACGAUGCUCUGCAGACGUACUUCCGUUACAUGCGAGAAUGGGAAAAUCAAGACACUAGCACAAAAAAGGGCAUCUCAACGAAUUACAAAAGUAUCGAAUGGACCAAAAUCCGCGUGGAAGCUCUUCAUGAUCUCUAUGAAGCUGCACCUUUAGGAAUGCAGUGUAACAGUUCGGAUGGUUCUCGAUUACCUGGUUCAUGGGACAAUAUCGCGGCGACACCCGUUAGAUUACCUCUGCCACCCCCAGCCAGAAAUUGUGUGGAGCUUUCGCUUGAGCAAGAAAUUCUGGAUCAAGUGUGAACGUUUUAUUUUAAAAUUUUAAUUAUUCGAUUAUUCA